AUGAAGCCAGAAGCAACUUCUGUGUCAUGGGAAAGUCUAUCGUAUAAAAUCCAGCCAUGGAUACAUGAUGCGAUGAUCUCAUUAGGUUUUACAUCAAUGACACCGGUCCAAGCAUCAACAAUUCCACUUUUAUCUCAACACAAGGACGUUGUAGUUGAAGCGGUUACCGGUUCAGGAAAAACUCUAGCAUAUAUUAUACCAGUUUUGGAGAAAAUCACCAAACUUUUAGAGGAAAAUGAAUUGAAGAAGGGACAUUUCGGUGCUCUGAUAGUAGCGCCAACUAGAGAAUUAGCAGACCAAAUAGAUACUGUCAUGAAUUCGAUUCUUGAACUUCAACCAGAGAAUGUGAAAAAUAUAAAAUCACAGAGAUUAGUUGGAUCCAUUCAAAGUGUAAGGGAAGAUUUGAGCACCUUUUUGUUGGAAAAGCCACAGAUUCUAAUUGGUACACCUGGUAGAGUCAUUGAUUUCUUAUCAAACAAUUCAGUCAAGACUUCAAAAUGCGAGAUAUUGAUUCUGGAUGAGGCCGACAAACUUUUGGAUAUUGGAUUUAUCAAUGACACUCAAUCAAUUGUUCGGUUUUUACCAAGUCAACGAAGAACCGGUUUGUUUUCGGCAACAAUAUCUGGUGCAGGUAACGAAAUUUUUAAAACGGGUAUGACAAACCCUGUAAAAGUGACUGUCAAAUCUUCGUCGCUCGCCGCUGCAGCCGCUCCACAGAGCUUGAAUCUCUCAUAUAUGGUUGUUAAACCAUCACUGAAGUUGAAAAUCCUGUUUAAUAUGAUACUUAAAUUUCGAUUUAAAAAAGCAAUUGUUUACUUCCCAACCAAUUUUGCAGUUACUCAUUUUUAUUCAAUAUUUACACAUCUCUUGGAAAAGUCCGAACAUGUCCAAGGUGAGUUAGAUAUCGUCAUAUCUUCUUUACAUGGUAAAUUAGAUGCAAAGCCACGUAUGAAAACAUUAAGCAAAUUUGCUGAAGGAUAUGCGACAAAAUCUGUGCUAUUUACAACAGACGUUGCAGCAAGAGGAUUGGAUAUUCCUGAUGUUGAUUUAGUUAUCCAAUUAGAUCCCCCAACUGAACCUGAUGUUUUUUUGCACAGAUGUGGUAGAACAGGAAGAGCAAAUAGGAUUGGUAAUGCAAUUACCAUGUUAAGCGAAGGUAGAGAAGAGGAAUACGUUAACUUUUUGGAUAUUAAAAACAUCCAGCUUAGAAAACAGGAUGUGCCCAGUGUUUCCGAUAAAGAGAGUGAAUGGUAUAAUCAGGAGUUUAAGAGUUGGUUGUUAGUUGAUAGAAUACGGUAUGAUCACUCUGUAAGGUGCUACGUUGCAUAUGUUCGAUACUAUUCCAAGCAUGUUGCAUCUUCUAUUUUCCGCCUUUCUGAGCUAGACUAUUAUAGCUUGGCUAAAUUACAUGGCCUAACGAGAUUUCCGAAAAUGCCGGAGAAUAAGUACAUCAAGAGUUUCCCUGAAGACGGUUGGAUAGACGAUUCUAUAGAUUUUGACCAUUAUCAGUACAAAGACACGGCUAAAGAAGAGGCACGACUACAAGAACUCAAAACAGAACGGAGAAAGAAGGAAAGAAAAGAAAAAGCUUUGUUGAAGAAAGAGCUGAAAGAAAAAAACUCUGCUUGGAGUAAAAAAGUGGAGAGCAAAGAAACAAAAUUGGAAAGAAGAGAGAAGAUGGCAAAGAGAAGGGAAGCUGUUGAAGCUGAAAUCAAAAGACAAAGAGAACAAGAAGAUUCUGAUGAAUCAGAAGUUGAAGUUGAUUGGAAAGACCUGGUUCGUGCAAAUAAGAAAAAGAAGGCUAAGGUCCAAAGCAAUGGCUUUUUUGAUGAUUUAUAA